AGAACAGCUAUGGAAUCCGCAUUCAGGUAUUGUUGUGUGCUAAACUUACAACAAAUUAUACUUCAUAAAAUUGAUGUUUCAGCGUGAUUCUUGCAUUUGUUUUGUAUAGUACUUCAACUGCAAUGUGUCAAUCCCACCACAAGAGAUCGUGGGGAGACCAUUAAAAACCUUGACAUGUAUCCUAGCAAUACAGUCAGGGGACAGACCAGUUUACAAUAGUUUUCCUGCAUGUGCCAAUUAUUUAAAAAUCUACUAAAAUUUGUUUAAGCUAUGUUGAGAAGCAAUGGUUAAAUAACAAAAAGCACCCUUUACAGUCUCACAGCAGUUGUGCUAUCAAAGGCAAGUGCUUCUGUGAAAGGAACCUUGCAAAAGAGAACUGAGCGAACAUCUCUCAUGCUCUGACCGUCACUUCCGUUAGACAGCCAGUCUAGGGAGGUGCUCCAAAGAAAAGCAUUUUACAGAUGCCUGUGACACACAUCAGUGACUGCAUUUAGAGAGCUAAUGGAAAUCUCUUUUUCUGCGAGCUCAAUGGCAAACGAUUCACAUCCUGAAUCUCACCUGUGCCAAACAUCCACUACAAGUGUAGUUCUGCCCAUUAUCUACACCAUUAUGUCAAUCACUGGUCUGCCAGGGAAUGCUAUCUCUCUCUGGGUGUUCAUACGCAAAAUUACCACCAAAACAUCCACUCACAUCUACCUGAUAAAUCUAGGGAUCUCAAACUUGCUGCUCUGCCUCACCAUGCCAUUCCAGGCCACAUACUACUCACUUGGGACCAAAUGGCACCGGCAAGACACCAUGUGCCAAAUGGCAAUAAGUGGUCUAACUCCAGUGAUCCACAUCAACAUCUGCAUUGGUGUGAUGAUAUUGAGCUGUGUGGCACUCAGUCGCUUUGCCUCGCUGAUUCAACACUCUCAUGCUGACCGCCCAAGCCGAUGGCUCAACGUUUUACCAGGUGCCUUCCUUUGCCGAAAACGACAUGCCAAACUGGCCUAUGUGCUGUGCAUGGUCACCUGGGCCACUGUAACCAUAGGGGUAACAUCCUUUGUGGUGCUGUACUCGAUCAGGGAGGCUAGGAGUGUGGAUGACAGCGACAGAAAUGAAGCGUGUUACAGUGUAGCAGUGGAGGUUGGCAGGGAAGGAUCUCGUGCCUUUGCUUUAGUGGCCAUUUCACUGUUCUUUGUCUUCUUCCUGCUGGUCUUAUGCGCUUACAUGGCAGUAAUCAGACACAUCUGGAGGUCUAGGAGAAGCGCGGUCAUCUCAAACAGCCAGCGAGUCUAUGCAAGAGUGUUUCGGAAUAUUGUUGUCAUUAUAGUGGUGCUGGUGGUCUGCCUCCUGCCGCAUCACAUCUACAAAGCCAUCUUUGUUCAUAUCGUCAGUGAGCAUACUUGGUCUGCAUCACCUCCAGAAGACGCUUGCCAUCCACUGUCCAUGUACGUGGAGGUGAAGAGCAUCCUGCUCUGUUUAGCAACUCUACGAUGUAGCACAGACCCCAUCAUGUACUUCCUGCUGGACAAGACAUUUCGUAAUCAUGUGCUUAGCCUGCUGAGAACACGCGUCAGCGCAAAUGACAGUCAGUCAUCAAAGUCUAACAUGGGACAGUUAUCUCAGGCAACAAGUGCAUGCCUUUAGACAUUACUUGAGAGGAAACUGUACACAGACACAAAAAAGUCUCAUUGUGAGCGAUAUUCCCUAACAGAUAAAUGUUAAGAAGAAACGGGAGAAACUUCCUGAACAGAGCUAAAUAAAUGGGCAUCUCUUUUCUGCCUGUCCAUUGUUCUUCAGUAUAGACUUGAAGUGGUGAGAACUCUUUCGUAAAAUGAUGCAGUGCUAAGAAAUGCUUUAUAAAAUAUGUGGAGUGGUACACAGUGGAACUCAAUGUAAACAAGCUUUUUGCAAGUCCCUAUAAAGUAACCAGAUGUUUUAAAAAGCA